CAUAUAUUUUUUUGGUUUCUAUUUCCCACAUUUACUCACAAGUCACAUUGCCACUCACCCUCCAAAAAUCCUGUAUACCGGUCAAACUCCAUUAAAAGAUGCGACAAAAUCCGAACCUCGAGUACCGCGUGCACCAUCCUCGAAUCCGUAUAAGCUAAGCUGUUAGACGGUAGAGUUAAACUUUCAAUUUCCAUCCUCCAAUCCGUAAUUGUAAUUGCAGUAACAGAGCAGCUCAAUGCAAUAAUAUCAAUGGAGGAAAACUCUUCAGAUCGCAACAUAAUGAGGGAACCCCUCUUGGGUACUUCAAAUGGUGGCUUAAAAACUCUCCCUUUUAUCAUAGCAAAUGAGGCGUUUGAGAAAGCUGCAAGUUUUGGGCUUUUACCCAAUAUGAUACUGUAUUUGAUGAGAGGGUAUGGUAUGGAAUUGGCAACUGGGUCUAAUAUCAUCUUCUUCUGGAAUGCUGCCACUAAUUUUACCCCUGUUAUUGGUGCUUUUCUUGCUGAUUCUUAUGUGGGUCGAUUUUGGAUGAUCGGAUUUGGUUCCAUUUUUAGCUUUCUGGGAAUGAUUUUCCUUUGGUUGACAGCUAUUAUUCCUGGUGCAACGCCAUGCGAUGACUCUGGUUCUGAAUGCAAGUCAUGGAAUGUAUUCCAACUCACACUACUGGUAUCGGCGUUUGGCCUGAUGUCAAUUGGAGCAGGUGGCAUCAGGUCAGCUUCCUUAGCAUUUGGUGCCGAUCAGUUGCUCAAGAAAGACAACUUUAGCGAUGCAGGCAUCUUAGAGAGGUUCUUGAACUGGUAUUAUUCUGCUUGCUGUGGAGCAGUUGUGGUAGGAGUGCUUUUUGUGGUGUAUAUUCAAGAUCACUUUGGGUGGAAAGUUGGUUUUGGAGUUUCAGUUGUGCUUAUGCUGUUAUCUGCUCUUUCAUUCUUCUCAGCUUCUACGUUAUAUAUAAAAUUUAAGGCCAAGGCAGGAUCCUUGAUUGCAUUUGCUCAAGUUUUAAUGGUUUCAUGGAAGAAGAGAAAUUUGAAUUUUUCUGAGGAUGAACUGUAUUAUCAGAGCAAGGGCUCAAGACUGCUCAUUCCCAGUGACAAACUAAGGUUCUUAAAUAAGGCUUGCAUUGUUGGAAAUGCAGAGGAAGAACUCACACCUGAUGGAGUAGCCAUAGAUCCAUGGAACCUUUGUACCGUAAAUCAGGUGGAAGAGGUGAAAGCCCUCAUAAAGGUAAUCCCAAUGUGGUCAACAGGGAUUAUGAUGUCAGUAACUACAACUCAGUUCACAUUCCCUGUUCUACAAGCGGGGUCCAUGGAUCGUCAUAUCACCUCAAAUUUUCAAGUUCCAGCUGGUUCCUUCGGGACAUUCACAGUCAUCUCAAUAAUUUUAUGGAUUGCCAUUUAUGACCGCAUUGUGAUUCCUUUAGCCACAAAAAUAACAGGAAAACCAGGACAAUUGAGUGUAAGGAAACGAAUGGGAGUUGGUCUCAUACUCUCAUUCAUGUCAAUGGUUGUGUGCGCGAUAAUAGAGGGUGUUCGACGUGAGACAGCUAUUAAGGAAGGAUUCUCAGAUGAUCCGAAAGCAGUGACUGACAUGUCCGCUUACUGGUUGCUGUUUCACCAUUGGAUUUCUGGAAUGGCUGAGGCUUUAUUUUUAGUUGGCCAAAAUGAGUUCUUCUACUCUGAAUUCCCAAAGAGCAUGUCAAGUGUAGCAACAACUAUUUCUGGGUUAAGCACGUCUGUAGCGAGUUUGUUUGCAAGUUUGAUCAUGAGUAGUAUCAAUAGCAUUACAAGCAAAGGUGGAAAAGAGAGUUGGGUAUCAAGUAACAUAAACAGGGCUCAUUUUGAUUAUUACUACUGGCUUCUUGCUGGUUUGAGCUUUCUUAAUUUCUUGUACUACCUUCUUUGCAGUAGAGCUUACGGGCCUCCUUCUUAUGACCAAGACAGGUUUGAGGACAAUGAGGAGAUUAUAGAAGGAUGAUCGUUGUUUUGUUCAAUUUUUCUUACGAAUUUCCUUGGAGAGAAUACGAGUAUAUAUAUAUAUAUUUCUUCCGUUCCUUAA